UUUUGUUUUAUUAUGAAGGAAAGGAUAGCUCAUCUAUAUCUUUCUGUCCUUGUUCUUCUUACCAUUGUAUGUCCUGUAGUAAAUUAAAGGUUUGAGUCCACAUAUAUAGUUUCACUUGUGUCUGAGCAACGCUAGUGCUAAAGCCAUAAGCCAUAAGCCAUGUUGCUGGGUCUAAUUCACAAAUUUCUCAACUUAGUAGCUCCUCCGUUUACCUUCUUCAGCCUGUUGCUUUUCUUGCCACCUUUCCAAUUCUUCAAGUUCUUCCUCUCAAUUUUGGGAACCCUAUUUAGCGAAGAUGUCGCUGGAAAGGUCGUCAUCAUCACCGGCGCUUCCUCCGGCAUAGGCGAGUAUCUGGCCUAUGAGUAUGCCAAGAGAGGAGCAUGUUUAACUCUUGCAGCCAGAAGAGAGGGGAGUUUGAAUGAAGUGGCCGAAACGGCACAUGAACUAGGCUCUCCAGAUGUUAUAACAGUUCACGCUGAUGUUUCAAAAGUUGAUGACUGCAGAAGGAUUGUUGAUCAAACCAUGACUCACUUUGGCCGGUUGGACCACCUGGUUAACAAUGCUGGAGUGCACGCAAUUACUCUAUUUGAAGAUACAGAAGAUGUCACUGAUUUUAGAUCUGUCAUGGACAUCAACUUCUGGGGUUCUGUUUAUAUGACCCGAUUUGCGAUCCCUUAUCUUAGAUAUAGUGGAGGUAGGAUUAUUGUGCUUUCUUCAUCUGCUUCUUGGCUGCCUGCUCCAAGAUCAAGCUUUUACAAUGCAAGCAAAGCAGCAAUAUCUCAAUUCUUUGAGACAUUAAGGAUUGAGUUGGGGCAGGACAUCAAGAUUACUCUGGUAACACCUGGCUUUGUUGAAUCUGAACUCACGCAAGGCAAAUACAUUGGUAAGAGUGGCGAUGUAGAGGUUGAUCAAGGAAUGAGGGAUGUACUAAUAAGCGCGACUCCGGUGGCCAAGGUCGAAUCAUGUGCUAAGACAAUUGUGAAUAGUGCUUGCCGAGGGGAAAGAUACGUGACUAUACCUGCUUGGUUUAGAGUUAGCUACUUGUGGAAGGUGUUUUGCCCGGAGGUGUUGGAGUGGAUGUACAGGUUAAUGUAUCUGACUGGGUCGGAAACUUCACCGAAGGAUGCACUUAGCAAGAAAGUAGCGGAUUAUACUGGUGCACAAAAUGUCUUGUAUCCAGAGACUAUCAGAAAUGCAGAUAUAAAGACGGACUAAUCCUUAGUUCAUACAAAUGCUUGUAUUAGGUUCAUGGGCUGUGAAGUGUGUGUUGUACAUCUGUUUUUCGGGGCUUUUUGGAUCUGUGGUAGCUGUAGUGUAGGUAUAAAUAAAAAGGAUGUUUCAGUUUGUUGCGAAGAUUGGUUUGUUUUUUAUAGGCGAAGUAUAUAGACGGGUCUUUUUAAGUUGUCUAA